UUAAGCAUAUUUUAGCGUGUUCGAUAACCUCCCUUUACUACAUAUUUGCUUAUCUGGAUUGGUUUAUUUUUAGCAGAAUAUCGAUCGUGUAAAGAUAUUUCAACUAUCUUUCUUGUAAUAGAUUAUGAAACCGAAAAUGGACAAAUUCUUUUUAAUGUAAAUCUGUGUCAAGGAAAAUGGCUGCCAUUUCGGGAAAUGAGAUGGAAAAUCUUUCGGAUGAAACUUUUAAAUUGUUAUGUUCACCCUGUAAACAUAAAGGGAAGAAUAAAGAAGCGGACAAAUACUGUACCGACUGUCAUGAUUAUUACUGCUCAGAGUGUGUGAAAUUACAUGAAGAUUUUCCAGCUCUUUCCGGACAUAAUAUCCUAGAUAAAAGUCAAGUUCAACAAGAAACAAGGGUAGGUUUACCUGUAGCACCAACGGAAAAAUGCCAGAGACACAGGUUUAAACCUGUUGAUAUGUAUUGUCGAAAUCAUGAUGACGUUGGUUGUUCCACAUGUAUGGCAGUAGAUCACAGGUCAUGCAACGAUAUCUUCGAUGUUCCAGAAUUUGUUCAAAUGAACCAUUCACAAGCAAAGACAAAGAAAACACUUGAAGAUCUAAACGUAGAAAAUGUCAAUUUGAAGAAAAUGCUAGAAACUCGUAUACAUGAGAGGGAGCGUUUGAUGAACGACAAACAAAAAGCACUGCUAAAAUUGAAAGAUUUCAGAAGGGAAAUUGAGAUGAAACUGGAUAAGCAUGAGCAAACAAGUAUCGAACAAAUUGAGAGCAAAUGCAAUGCCAUUGCUGAGAAAAUUAAUGCAGAAAUAAAGGUCUUAGAAACUGCCCAGAAAGAUGUUGAACAUGCUGAGGAUAGAAUGGUGUCAUGUGAUGCUGAUUUAAAUAUAUCUCAAGCCUUGGUCUCUUCUAAAAUCGGUAAACGAGCUAUUGGUGCUGCCAUAAAAUGUCGAGAAGAAAAGGCAACUGUAAAGCAUGUUAUAGAUUUCGAGUUCAAGAGAAAUGAAAAGAUAUUGACCUGCCUGAAUGAAACGGAAAAUCUUGGUAUUAUAUUUCAGUCAAACGAAAUCUACAAAGUAAAGAAGAAGAGAACAUUUAAUGUUAGACAUCAAUCUGACACACAAACAUGUGAUAUAUACAGUGCAUGUGAACUUGGUGAUGGGUCUAUAAUUAUUGCUGAUAGCAGCAAUAAGAAAUUGAAACGUAUUGACAGCAAAUUCACUAACAAAGAUGUUUGUGAAUUACCAGUAUGCCCAUAUCAGAUUUGUACAGUCAAUACACAUGAUGUAGCUGCCAUACGUACCACUGGAAAAACUGUAUAUUUUGUUUCUUUCGCCAAAGAACCAAGACGAACUAAAGAAAUACACAUUGAUCAUGAAAGUUAUGGUAUUGCGUAUGCGUUGUCCAAUUUAUACAUCGCUGAUCCUUCUACAACUGUUUUCGUUUACGACAUGAAUGGAAAAAAGCUUCAACAAUUCAGAAACGAUCAGACAGGGCAGCCUUUGUUCAAAAGUAUCUACAGCAUGACUGUAAGUACUGAUGGUAGCAGGAUCUAUGUUGCUGAUUACACAUUUGGAAUCGUUGCUCUUAAAAAGGAUGGUACACUACAGGGAAAGUAUAACUGUGAUGAACUCAGUCAUGUAAGACGCGUCUGUAUGACUGAAAAUGGCAAUAUUCUUGCCAGUGGAUAUGACAAUAAUUGUAUUUUACAGUUCACUAAGGAUGGGGAGAAGUUGGGAAUUGUUUUGUCCUCAGAUGAUACAAAAGGAGAAUGUCGAUCUAUAUUAUAUCAUCAUAAGAUGAAUGAGAUUGUAGUUGGUCGACUAGGUGACACUAUCGGCAUCUACGAACUCAUUUGAAAACAUCAGGUACGUGUGAUAGACUGUCGAAUGGUGAAAUGUUUUGUAUUUUUAAAACUAUUUGACAUAUACUGUGUAAAUUAAUUUUGUCAGGAAAAUAUUUAGCAGUUAUUUAUUUUGUAGCACAAAAUGUUGUGUCAAUAGACUCCAACACUGUUGUUUAUUUUAAGAAAAUUAAGACAAUAUAACUUUAAGUUUAAACAAUAUCUUUUUCAAAGUGUACAACAAAUUAAAUAUGCAUAAGAAGUAUACCUUACUGCUAACAUUACGGAAUAUUUACGGUGAUAUGUCAGAACCUUUUUGCACAGUUGGGUCUUAAUAUAUAUAUAGAUUUCCGUAAAUAACGCGACAAAACUAGCGAAAAUAGUUGUUAUGCCAUUAAGUGCACAAAUAUUUGACAUAAAUAUGUUGAUAAUUAUUUUUUUAUGAUAGUUCCAAGUUUCGACUGUCUGAGCUUCUUAUCAACAAUAAAUGUAAAUUUUAAAAGUAAAAUAAGGUCUUCAGCAGGAUAUCCACGGGAUGAAGAAAGUAUCACGUACUGACAAAUCAUAACACUUACAUUAAAAGUAUUACUGUAACAGUAAUUUGAUCACAUGAAAUACAUUUUAUAUCAUGGACUAUAUAUUUAAGGUAAGAUAUACAAUCAUGUGAUACCAAUAAAGAAAAUUAAAGAACUACACAUGUACCUUUAUGGUUUAAACUUUAAUGUA